CAGUGCAUCUGCGCAAGACUGAAGGGGAGGAGCCGGUACACCUGUGCAAGACUGAAGGGGAGGAGCCGGUACACCUGUGCAGGACUGGAGGGGAGGAGCCGGUACACCUGUGCAGGACUGGAGGGGAGGAGCCGGUACACCUGUGCAGGACAGGAGGGGAGGAGCCGGUACACCUAUGCAGGACUGGAGGGGAGGAGUCGGUACACCUGUGCAGGACAGGAGGGGAGGAGCCGGUACACCUGUGCAGGACUGGAGGGGAGGAGCCGGUACACCUGUGCAGGACUGGAGGGGAGGAGCCGG